ACAAAUAUCAAACCAGCAACACAGUCUUACAGGGAAUUAGAGAAAAUCUCUCUCUCUCUCUCUCUGAUACUGUUCCGAUCCCCCCAGCAAAAGAUUUUCCCUUUCUCUUUCCUAGGGUUUAGCUGAACUCAGAUAGCUUCAUAUUCAAGCUCAAUUGUCCAGCUCCAAUGUCUAUAGAUUCAAAUGCUUACUACGGCACCCUACCAUCAACCACCGCUACCAGCACCGCCGCACCCUCAACGUUCUCGCGUGCCAGAGAAACGACCCAGUCCUUCUUCGCCACGCGCCGCCCAUGGCUCGAGCUCGUCCAGCCCUUCUACAACUUCACGCGCCCCUACACCUUCGGCGACGCCACAAUCCGAAUCAAGCGCAACCUCAGCUACUUCCGCGUCAACUACACCAUGGUCGUCCUCUUCAUCCUCUUCCUCAGUCUGUUGUGGCACCCAGUCUCCUUAAUCGUCUUCCUCCUCGUCUUCGUCGCCUGGUUCUUCCUCUACUUCUUCCGCGACCACCCACUCGUCAUUUUCAACCAUAUCGUCGACGACCGUAUCGUUUUGGGCGUGCUUGGCGUCGUCACCAUCGUCGCUCUGAUUUUCACGCACGUGUGGUUGAACGUGUUGGUCUCUGUUCUAAUUGGGGUCGCAAUUGUUGCGUUACACGCAGCUUUUAGGGGUACGGAGGAUUUGUAUAACGACGAGCAAGAAGCUGCCGAAGGUGGGUUGCUUUCGGUUGUGGGCAGUCCCACGCGACCUCGGUACUUCCGCGCUUAGCCGAUUUUCCAUUCGAUUCUCGCUAUUCUGUUUCGACAUGGAUCUUGGAUGGGGAGCUGAAGCAUGUUUUCCCUCACAAUUUUUGUAGAUUUGAGAUGAUACAGAGUAGAGAUGCAGCGCUUUUGGUUUGGGCCAUGUGAGGAUAAAGUCUUUGAAUUGAUUAUUGGAAAAGGGAAAAGCAGGAAUUAUAGCAGCCAUGUUCCAUGCAAAGCCAACGCCUUUUAUCGCAAUGGUUUUCUGAAGAUCUUAAUCUAUAGCUGGUUUGCACAUGAGCUUUCUUUCAGAAUCCCGUUUGGUUGGAGUUUUGAUUCAAUAAUACAUAAUUCACUUUUGUUUCAUAUUAUUUUGGAAUUGGUUGGUAGGGUAUGAGAUAACUAGGCAACUAGGCAUUUACCGGAUGACCACUGAUUUUUUAUUUCGUUCUAUCGAAGCCUUUUACAGGAUAAUGAUAUUUUUCUCAGCAGGGUGGAUUUGCACUU